GGAACUUUGUUUACCUUUCACUAAAAAUUGAAAUUCGGAUAAUUUUCAUCAAAAAUCAACUAAAAAGUUUUAAAAAUUUGACUUUUUAAUGGAGAUAAAAGAAGAUGAGGACCUUCAUCCAUUCUCGAAGCUGCCUUUGCCUGAAGACAAGCCAAUUCCUUGUCGUCAUUGCCCUCGUUCGUACAAAGCUGUGAAUGUUAGAGACCUUCAUGAGCGCAUCCAUCUCAUUCCCUACAUCUGUGACUAUUGCCAACAACCGUUUGCUUUAAAAUCUCACUUGAGAAAUCAUCUCGAGAUCCAUCGUCGCAUGAUAAAUCCCUACCAAAAAGUUAAAAAAAAUCAACAUUCACUCCGUUUUAAGGAUGAUGCAUCAAAAUUUACUUGCGAAUAUUGCGGCAAACAUUUUUUCUCGAAGCUCGGGUACACGGGACACUUAAAACUAAAGCAUCCAGAAGAACAUGACGGCGGAAUUGAGACAGUUUUGUUCGUCAAACAAGAGAAUUACGCCUCAGAAGAAGAAACAAACGACUAUUUCAGCGACGAAGCUCCAAAAAAAGAAGAGGAAACGCCAUUUACCUGUUCCUGCGGCGAAAUUUUCCGAGAAUUGGUCGAUUUGGUACGACAUCAAAGCAGCCAACAUACCGAAGGGUUCGAAAAAAUGGUUCGGGAAUUGAAAGAUUUGUUACUUUACGUGAUAAAUCGUUCGUCGGAUGAGCAAGUUUCAGUUCCGAGAGCCUCAAAGCGUGAAAAAAAAGUUGUUGUGAAACAAGAAAUUGAAGAAAAUGACGAAAGUCAACCAAAAACGGAAUAUUAUCCAAGCGAAAACUCGUCUGAGAGUGAAUUUGAAGAGAAAAAACCGAAAAUCAGGAGAAAAAGAUCGUCAACAGCGAAAAAACCGGAAAAACUUCAGUGUCAAUAUUGCGACAAACAACUUUCCAAUCAGCGAUUUUUCGAAGUUCAUGUCGCGAAGAAGCAUCAAAACAUCCCCGUGUUCCGUUGCAAGAUCUGCAAUCGAUAUUUUUUGGAUGAACAAGAGUUUCAAACGCACGUCAAAGGGCACGAGCGUGAUCCGGAUCUUUGUUGCAGCGAAUGCGGGUUUUUGUGUAAGGGAGCUGCCGUUUUACGACGACAUGUCGACUCGAAACACAGAAAUAUCGAACAAACGCCGCGAUUUUUCUGCCCGGAAUGCAACAAAGGAUUUUAUUACAAAUGCAAACUCGAUGAACAUGCGUUCAUUCAUAAGCCGCAGAGUGAGAGACCUUUGCUUUUCACGUGCGAUAUUUGUCAAAUGUCGUUUACGCGAAAAUCAGCUCUUGUGAGACACAAAAUGUCCCAUGAUGAGAGUACGAAGAAAUACUCGUGUACCUUUUGUGCAAAGACUUUUCGCAGGAAGCAACAUUUAAAUUCGCAUUUGGCGAUGCAUACGGGAUCGAGGGCGAGAGAAGAGAUUUGUGCGGAUUGUGGAGCAAUUUACUCGGAGAGACGCGGAUUGUAUAAUCACAUGUUGAGAGUUCAUGGAAGGCCUCUUGAAGGGUAUAAGAAACAGAUUAAAAGUUAGAAAAUUAAAAAAAAAU